AUGCAGGGACUAAGCAUCAAGCUGGCUAUAAUUCCAAUUGCCAUGAUGCUUUGCUUAUGCAAAGCGAUUACCAACCUUCACCCUCUAAUCCUGGUACCAGGGAACGGCGGGAACCAACUUGAAGCACGGCUAACAACUGGCUACAAGCCCUUGAACCUGUUUUGUGGCCGUUGGUAUCCAAUUUCCAAGGAUAAAGAAGGAUGGUUCAGGCUGUGGUUCGACCCCAGCGUGCUGCUGGCUCCAUUCACCAAGUGCUUUGCUCAACGUAUGAUGCUAUAUUAUGACCGUGAUUUAGAUGAUUACCGCAAUGCUCCAGGGGUUGAAACCAGGGUCCCUGAAUUUGGUUCUACUAAGUCCCUUCUCUACGUUGACCCUUAUCUCAAGCAGCUCACAGCAUACAUGGCACCGUUGAUAGAUUCCCUGGAAGCGAUUGGUUAUGUCAGUGGUGAAACCUUGUUCGGAGCUCCGUAUGACUUUCGAUAUGGGUUGGCAGCUGAAGGCCACCCAUCCCAUGUGGGCUCCAAGUUCUUGCAAGACCUAAAAGAUUUGAUUGAAAAAGCAAGCGCUUCCAAUGGAGGGAAGCCAGUGAUUCUCCUCUCCCACAGCUUAGGGGGCCUCUACGUACUCCAACUUCUCAACCGAAAUUCAGCCACUUGGCGCCAACGGUUUAUCAAACACUUUGUUGCACUUUCAGCUCCUUGGGGUGGCACAGUUCAAGAAAUGCUCACUUUUGCUUCCGGGAGUUCUUUUGGAGUGCCCCUGGUUGAUCCAUUGCUCGUAAGAGGAGAACAAAGGAGCUCUGAAAGUAACCUCUGGCUCAUGCCUUCUCCUCAGCUGUUUGGCCCUGGAAAAAUUCUUGUUAUUACUCCAAGCGAGGCUUAUUCAGCUCAUGAUAUCCCACAAUUUUUGAAUGACAUUGGGUUUCCAGAAGGGGUAAUUCCUUAUAAAUCACGAAUCCUCCCGUUGACUGAGGAGUUAAGACCACCUAAUGUUUCUGUUACCUGUAUAAUCGGGACGGGCGUGAAGACAGCAGAGACUUUAUUCUACGGAGAAGCAGGGUUUGAUGAGCAGCCAGAGGUCGUUUACGGGGAUGGAGAUGGGACUGUGAACUUGGUGAGCCUGUUAGCACUCGAGUCCCUAUGGGCUAAUGAGAAGAGCCAACCACUUAAGGUGAUAAGAAUCGCUGGCAUCUCUCAUACGUCAAUGCUUGAAGAUAAUGCUGCACUUGAUCAGAUAAUAGGGGAAGUUUCUUCAAUCAAUUCCCAGGCCGAGGUCCACUUUGCGUAGAGCACAAACAAUUGUAACACCUAAUUCAGUCUCAAAAUUGGAGACCAACACAAACUUUCAUACAGUCCAUUGUUGCUAUCAAAAUAUAAAAGAGCUAGCAUUGAUUUUGCA